AAUGAGAGUAGCCUAUGUAGGACAUUGUUGUUGUAUUUUUCUCCUGUUUUUGUAGUGUUGCGAUUUUACUAAGUCGGUGAAUCGCUCCUUCUCAGGUGUCAGACAUCAGAAGUGUGUUGUGAAGUAAACCGGCAGGAUACAAUAGUAGCAUUUUCAAUUUUAUGAACGCUUUCAUGGAGUUGUAUACCCCCUUAUGUAAACCCCGUCAUAUCAUCUGCUGCUCUCGGCCAUUUCAAUUUCAUUAUUUUUAUUUUAUUUUUUUUUUAGCAGGCGCACACAAUGGUGGCGGCUUUCAUUUUUAGCAGGGAUCUCUGAUGCUCUCCAUAUUAACGAUACGUUUAUGAACAAUCAAAUGGUCCUCGUUAAAAUUUAUUGAUGGACAUAAAAACCUCGAACGGUCACUGGCCGAAUAUAGUUGGCUUUUUUAGUGGGCUGUGAGUCUGUAAGCCUUCGGAAUCUCCUUCUCGGCAGUAUCUGCACAAACCCCAUUUAGGGAAUGUUUGGUCUUCAGGCUCUCGUUAAAAGUCGUGCGAAAUGCAUCCCUUAUUUUGAUUCUCCCCCGUUUCCACCGUGCACGUCCCCCUGCUGCAGCUGCGGAUGCUCCCGUGGAGGCUUUUCUCUUUAUAUAUCCCUGAAAACAAUAAACAGCAUUCUACGAGAAGUUAUAAACUCCUCACUUUAUCAAAUGCUGUUUUACCGAGGAUAAAAAGAGCCAACGAUUCAAUAAACGCUUUAAUGCUGUAACAGUAUCUAUUGAAGUAGCAUAGAGCUCUGACAGAGAUUAAUUACACCAUCAAAUAGUUCCUUGCUUUAACACGCAAUGUGCGCAGGUCUGUGCUACGACUGGAUAAAGAUCUAGCUGCAGCACAGCGCAUGAAUGGUUUCCUUAUUUUAAAAAAAAGAAAUGUUAUGGCAAUUUUACCUCUAUGAGUCCAGGAAUGAAGUGAAAGAACACUUUGUUUAAUCCCAUUUAUGUGCAUUGGUAUCCCUGGAUAAGUGGCGCAUUGAUCCACUGUACAAUUUUUGUGGGGGUAAAUAUAAUCACGUGUCAGCGGGUCAGCCAAUGGGAGCCAGGGAAGCUUUGAGAAAUAAUUACCUGCCUUGAUUGUUCUAUGGCUAGAUAAAAAAGUACACAUACACUCCAUAUAAUAAACGGAUGCAUGUAAAAGAGUCGGGGAGGCUUCGACAUGUCGACCACGGGUCCCAUAAGUAAUUAUUAUGUGGACUCCUUGAUCAACCAUGAGAACGAGGAUGUCCUUGCUGCGACUCGAUUCUCUGCUCCCGGUUCGCACCCAGCUGGCCCCCGUCCGACGUCCCUAGUCCCGGAGUGCGCCGACUAUCCUUCCUGCAGCUUCGCACCCAAACCGACCGUGUUCUCUACGUCCUGGGCCCCCGGACACUCCCAGUCAUCAGUGGUCUACCAUCCGUACAGUCACCAGCCGCACUUAGGCACAGACUCGAGGUAUAUGCGUUCAUGGCUGGAGCCGAUCUCGGGCGCCGUGCCUUUUCACGGCUACCCGGGGAACGGCAGACAUUACGGACUGAAGCCCGACGCCUUCCAGGAGCACAGAGCCGGGGAAUGCCUCAGCUCCGCCGGACGGACCUACCCGGAUUAUCUGUACUGCUCGUCCACUGAUAUGCGAGACAAGACGCCGCAGAACGUCCCCUCUCCGGAGUCGGAGCUUCUUGCGUCUGGGAAGCAUAAGGAGGAGAAGCCGGAGCUAGAUCCUAAUAACCCCGUGGCCAACUGGAUACACGCCCGCUCCACGAGGAAGAAGCGGUGUCCUUACACAAAGUACCAAACUUUGGAACUGGAAAAGGAGUUCUUGUUCAAUAUGUACCUCACCAGAGACCGCAGAUACGAGGUCGCAAGGGUACUGAAUCUGACCGAGAGGCAGGUCAAAAUCUGGUUUCAGAACCGGCGAAUGAAGAUGAAGAAAAUGAACAAGGACAAGAGCGACAACAAGGAACAAUAAUGACUGCAGAGAGAGAGAGAGAGAGAGAGAGAGAAAUAACUAAUUAAUAAAACAUGAAAAAUAAAAAAAUGAAUAAAAAUGGACAGCACAGAUUUACCAAAACAUAAAGCCUCCACCACGUCCUUCAUCUUAUUUGUCACUUUGGUGGAUUUGUUUGUUGUACCAUUAACCUCAGUCUUUGUGAUGCUGAAUAUAAUUUUUAGUGCAAAAAGGAUAAAACAAAAUAGAGACUUCUGUUGAGAAAACAUUCUGCUUUCACUUUUAUAUUUCUAUGUAAGAAAAAUCUAAAUGAGCAAAACGUUUGGAUGCCACACAAUCUCUCCGAAGAAAUAGAAUACUUGAAUUCUUUUUGAAUUUCACAAGGAAAAAAAAAAACUAUAAUUUAUGGCGUGAAUGUUUUUUUUUUUGUUUGUUUGUUUGUUUGUUUGUUUUUUCUUCCAUGUAUAUUUUAUUUGUAUACUUCCUGACGCAGGUGUAGAGUAUUUUGUACAGAAUCAGAAGCAUUUGCGAGCGCCUCGUCUGUGUUGUAUUUUGUGAUAGCUGUUGCUGUAAAUGUGCUUUAUUUGUUUGUUUGUCCUUCUUUCUUUCUUUCUUUCUUUCUUUCUUUCUUUCUUUCUUUCUUUCUUUCUUUCAAGAUUUUGGCCAUGUAGCUGGCGAGUUUUAAUUAAAGAGUGUAGCUAAAUAGAGCUCUGCAAAUAUAAUCAUGAUCACAUAAA